CCAUAUUGAGACCACACCUUUAUAGCCAACCCCCCCUUCGUGGUGAAGGCACGUCCGUCGUUGUGCUCCGAAACAUCAUUUUCAAGGCGUCAAACGGGCUUGAGGAGUCAAUUUAGCGUCAGUCAUCUAUUCAAAAUUCGAAAGAAUUUGCAAAAUAACAUUUUAGCUAGCUACGCACUUGGAUUUUACAACGUUUAUUUUGAUUGUCUCCUUGUCUGGGUAGAAAUCAUCACAAAAAUGGCAGAUCCGAUGACACAGUCUGGCCAGAUCUCGUCCUCUCUGAACGCUUCAUCGACAAAAGAAUCCCCAUAUUCCGUGAUGGAGCUGGUGUACUGGCGGGACCCCAAGAAGUCUGCGGUGGCCUUUGGCAUGUCCCUGCUGGUCCUUCUGUCCCUGGCCACCUUCAGUGUCAUCAGUGUGUUGUCCUACCUGCUGCUUGCCCUGCUCUGUGUCACAAUCACCUUCCGCAUCUACAAGUCUGUCAUUCAGGCAGUGCAGAAGUCUGGAGAGGGCCACCCCUUCAAGGGUCUGAUGGAGCAGGACCUAACUGUUCAGCCUGAGACUUUCCGUAAAUAUGUGGAUGUGUUUCUGACCUAUGUGAACCGAGCCGUUAAACAGGUCAGACACUUGCUGCUGGUGGAGGACCUGGUGGACUCACUCAAGCUGGCUGGUUUUAUGUGGCUGAUGACGUAUGUGGGAGCUGUCUUUAAUGGUAUCACAAUCCUCAUACUGGCUGAUGUCCUCUUAUUCAGCACGCCUCCGGUUUAUGACAAAAAUAAAACCCAGAUUGAUAAAUACAUUGAACUGAUUCGCACCAGAGUUGAAGUCACACUUGCAAAGCUUCAAGAUAAACUUCCAGGGGCACUGAAGCGUACCAAAGCAGAGUGAUUGUCCAUGACCCCUAUUCAACAACUGCUCUCUCCCUAAUUCUGCAACUCCAGUCCUACCCUUUCAAAUGCAUUCCCAGCGUCAAACCUGUGGCCAAGUCAUCGCUCAAUAUUCAAUGUACCGUAACUAACUUGCAUAGGGUGCAAUGCUUGUAUUUGUUGUUGGAGUCAGCCACAUUCUGAAUAACUCAAUCUGUAGUUGUUACAUCCAUUUUGUGACUUAUAAAUUAAUCAUAUGUACCCAUUAAUUAUUGAAGAAUAUAAUGUAUAAAUGCCUCAUAAGCUUAGUUCAAUUGUCGUACCCCAUCAGAACCUGAAAUAUAAACUUGUUUUACUCCAAUGUUUGUAAACAAAGUAAAUGGAAACUAACACUAUAUAGGCUCAAAGCAUUGGUAGAACUAUCA